UAGUAGAUCACGACCAUCGAAUUUUGAUUCAAUGGCUCAAAAUUUGACAGAUUUGGGGCUCUAAGUUCUGAUGACAGAUAAAUAGACUCACCCCUAAUCUAAUUGCUUUGUUUUGUGUGAAAGUUCAGGUGCAAGAGGAGCAGCAGGCUGGACUGAUGCAGCCCUACAUCGAGAGGUUGCCUGAGGUGGAGUCUGGUCUUCCGGACUCGGCUGCAGUUCCCGAUCUACAAGGAUUACAGGAUCAAGAGCACCAGCAGCAACCCACUGGAGAUCAUCCUCGUGGACGCGGUCACGGGCUCGCCGGUCGCCCUCCCGUACCCGCACAUGUUGCGCGUGGAGCUGGUCCCGGUCAUCGGGGACUUCCCGCCGGACGGCCGUGAGAACUGGUCCGCCGACGAGUUCCAGAAGAGCGUCGUGAAGGAGCGCGAGGGGAAGCGCCCGCUGCUCACGGGCGACGUCAGCCUCGCCAUGAGAGACUGCCACGCGGCGGUGGGCGAGCUCCGGUUCACGGACAACUCGUCCUGGGUGCGCGGCCGCAAGUUCCGCAUCGGCGUGUGCGUCAUGCCGGCAGGCAGCAUCGACGGCGCCAGGGUCCGAGAGGCCAUCACCGAGGCCUUCGUCGUCAGAGACCGCCACGGGUUACUCCGCAAGCAGUACCCUCCCGUUCUUAGGGACAAAGUCUGGAGGCUGGAGAACAUCCGCAAGAAAGGCAUGUCCCGACAGGAAGCUUGCAGCCAACGACAUCCAUACUGUGCAGGACUUCGUCAGGUCAUGGUCAAGCCUGCCGAGCUGCGCCAGAUCCUGUUCCGCAAUUUCGGAGUUGAAUUGCAGAAGUUGACAUUGGCAGCAAAAGUUUGGUGUUUGCCAAGACUACAGGGCAAGUAUUGUACGAGCAUCUAUGACCCUCGGAGAGAACGACGCUAUUUCACUCUUUGAAUUCAGUUCAUCCAACUAGAAAGAAAGAGAAGAACAGUGGCAGACCAGACGGGAGGCGCUAGCCAUGGAGUUCAAAUUGCCUGACGAUGGCAAAAGCGCUGACGUCGCCAGCCCACAAUGAGAAGGGUUUUCACCUGCAACCACCAGCAAGGUAUGUGUAGGGGUAGAGGUGCAAAGAGAAGGCCUCUAAGGAGGAAGUAGCAUCCUUUUAGACAUCGCCGUCCAUGUUUUCACCAUUACCUCCACUAACCCACCCAAGGAAGCGACCGGAGCACAACCGUGCCGUGUAGACACUGGUUCAAGAAGGUUGCGCACUAAACGCAUGAGCCGAGCCUCCAUGACAAGGUAAGCACAUAACGCUGCCCUUCCUAACUAUGCUACCACGGCCGCGACCACAAAAGUGACCAUAAGUAGGAUGCCGGUUGCACCGUGGCCGUUGCACUGGCACCACCCCCUUGUAGCUACACCACCCUGUUGGUGCUCUCCAUCUAAGGGACCACCCAACACAAUGGGACUAAAAGUGGUGAAGGAUGUACAGGCCAAAGUUCAUCAUGGUGAAGGAUGCACAAGCCAAAGUUCAUCGGAUUCGAUGACCUCCCUUGACACCGAUGAUGGCGACACCUCCAACACAUCUGGUCUCCCCGUACGACCAUGUAAUGUCGCCCAAGUGGAUGAACCAUGACAGGGAAUGACGGAAGUCGUGGAAACACCACCCAGUAUUUGAUUUUCUAGCACCACCAACGAGUACAACGUCGAUAAAGCAGAGGCAUGGUAGAGGACACUCACCGAAUCAGAAAAAAGCGAACAACCAGUUCCACCCUCACCCAUGAAGAGUAAGGAGGAGGAGGAAGGCACGUGACAAUCUCACAAGCAUGAUACACCACCAAGCAACGCUCCAACUUUGUGGAGUAGCAGACAACACUAGUUCAGGACGGGUGGUCUCUUGUUAACGCCUCCAAAAAGGACAAUGGCAAAUGAGGGUGUCGCCGGUAACAGCACUGGGCAAUGCUAGGCUUGAUUUGUCCGGAAUGUACCCAUCCCAACCUGCGUCGCCCCAGCCAGCGCAAACGUGGCCACACCGGCAUGUGGAUGCUGGGGACACCUCAAAACAACACAUCCAUGGAGGGAGAAAACACUUGUGGGUGUCGUUGUUGUUGGCACUGGCACAAUGCUGAGUUAGGAUUUCUUCUGACGUUUUCCGGACCCAUAGACUGCAGCGCAGCCGCCAAGAAAGACGAAUGGUGAAGACAGCAGCCGUCGCUGCCCAUGCGGCUGAGGAAGACUCGGUGAUGGUGCAACUAGUAGGCAGCACAUAGUGAGUUUGUAGUUUGACAGAAUUUUGAGUCUUGGAUUGCAGUGCCAGAUCCAGCAAUCAUAGAAGAACCCAAUUACUAAGCCCAAAAACUUUACCUCUACUAUGUUCUGCAAAGAAUGAAAAGUAGUUCUUCUAAAAAAAGAGUGAA